GAUGAAGCACAGGUGCAAGUAUGGGAAGGCUAUGUUGAUUGGAGGAACAGACCAGCCAUUAAAGGACAUCAUGGUGGCAUGCUUGCUGCCUCCUUUGUUUUAGCUGUGGAGGUAUUGGAAAACCUGGCAUAUCUUGCCAAUGCAAGCAACCUUGUUUUAUACAUGUCCAAGAUUAUGCACUUUACACCAUCUAGCUCUGCCAACAUUGUCACCAACUUCAUGGGAACAGCCUUCCUACUUGCUAUUCUUGGUGGAUUUCUGGCAGAUGCCUUUUUCAGCACUUAUUCAAUCUAUCUAAUAAGUGCUGUGAUAGAAUUCAUGGGUCUAUUAAUUCUCACAGUACAAGCUCACAUACCAUCACUCAAAUCACCAAACUGCGUUAUGGGAAACACCAACAGUCUAUGCCAGAAAGUUCAUGGUGGGGGUGUGGUUAUGCUAUUUGCAGGCCUGUAUCUGGUGGCACUGGGUGUGGGGGGAAUAAAAGGUUCACUUCCUCCUCAUGGGGCUGAGCAGUUUGAUGAGACUACCCCAGAGGGAAGGAAGAAGAGAUCUUCAUUUUUCAAUUACUUUGUCUUCAGCCUAGCAUGUGGUGCAUUGAUUGCAGUAACUUUUGUGGUAUGGAUUGAAGACAACAAGGGAUGGCAGUGGGGUUUAGGUGUCUCAACUGCAUCAAUAUUGAUCUCUAUUCCAGUUUUUCUUCUUGGUUCACAGAGAUACAGGACCAAGAUUCCAGCAGGAAGCCCCAUCACAACCAUGAUCAAGGUUCUUGUUGCAGCAAUUUGCAACAACUGUAAAGCCAGGAAUUCAACCAAUGCUAUCCGGAGCAUGGCCACAAGUCCAUCCUAUACAACUGAAAUAGGUGAUGGACAAGAAAGUAACAACACUAGAGAAGAGAUCAUGAUGCAAGGUCAAACUCUAACAGAAAGCCUUAAAUGCCUAAACAAAGCAGUGAUGGAACCACUUCACCCAAUGUUAAAAUGCACAGUGAAGGAAGUAGAAGAGGUCAAGAUUGUAUUAAGGAUACUUCCCAUAUUCAUGUCCACCAUAAUGCUAAACUGUUGCCUUGCUCAGCUAUCUACCUUCUCAGUCCAACAAUCAUCCACUAUGGAUACCAUGCUUGGUUCCUUCAAGGUCCCACCAGCUUCUCUACCUGUUUUCCCUGUCCUCUUCAUCAUGAUCCUUGCCCCAGUUUACAACCAUGUUAUUGUUCCAUUCGCUAGAAAAAUAACAAAAACUGAGAUGGGUAUAACACAUCUACAACGAAUAGGGACAGGACUAUUUCUCUCUAUUGUGGCAAUGACUGUGGCAGCUUUGGUAGAAACAAAGAGAAAGAAAACAGCUGCUAAAUAUGGUUUGUUAGACUCAGCAAAACCUCUUCCCAUAACAUUCCUAUGGGUGGCUAUACAAUACUUGUUCCUUGGUUCAGCUGAUCUUUUCACUUUGGCUGGUAUGAUGGAGUUCUUCUUCACGGAGGCACCAUGGAGCAUGAGGUCUUUAGCCACAGCACUUUCCUGGGCCUCACUGGCUAUGGGAUACUUCCUCAGCACUGUUCUUGUGUCCAUCAUCAAUAAGGUCACUGGAGCUUUCGGACACACACCAUGGCUCUUGGGUACCAACUUGAAUCAUUAUCACCUUGAGAGGUUUUACUGGUUGAUGUGUGUGCUCAGUGGACUCAACUUCAUUCAUUAUCUCUUCUGGGCCAAUUCCUAUAAAUACAGACAUUAA